AUGUCGCCGGUCAUGGUUCCCGAGGGUGCGUCCUGCAAUUUAAAUGACUGCGACACGCAGCGAAUGUCUCUCGGGGUCGGACAACAACAGGGGCUUGCCCGCAGUCUGGCCUCGGUUGGCUCCAGCGUCUGCCGAAUAUGUCACACGAACACGUCCAAGGAACCUCUUAUUUCGCCUUGUAGAUGCAAAGGAACGUUGGCCUACGUGCACCUGGCCUGUCUGGAAAGAUGGUUGAAUGAAACUUGUCGUUCCUAUUGCGAAUUAUGUCGUUACCGCUUCGACGUCGUCUCGACGCCCCGUUACCGACUGCCGGAAUCGUGGAGAAUAUGGAUUAGCCAUCCGAGGAACCGUAGAAACAUGCAGUCGAAUUUCCUCAUCUUCGCUUUGCUGUCCGUCGUUACCGGUGGUUUGGUGAUGGUUUGUCUCGUAGGUAUGCGAUACUUUGUGAUCGAGGGAAAGAAAAUUGGAAUUUCCAAACUGUGGACAAGAGGAGCCAUAUGGUUUUUCCUCAGCAUCGUUUUGCUGGGUUACGUUACGACGCUUUAUUUACUAGGAAAAGAUCAGGUGGCGCCCUGGUACAGGUGGUGGAGGAGCACCGUGAACGUCAGGUUAAUCACGGACCCUCAGCUAUUCAGGAGAGCCUCCGACGAGUUCUUUCGAGGCUAUGAAAAUCAAUCCGGCAACGCUCCUCUCGCGGAUCUCGGAUGUCUCGGUGACAAUCCGCAGAGUCAGUAGCAAAGUUAAAAUGGAGUUCACCGUUUAAUAAAUUUGGAUAAAUUUUCUGUGGGACAUCUGUUUAAACCGU